CUCCACCGACCGCACGAAAAGUUUAAUGUUAUCGAUCGCGCAAGUUCGUCGAUUGAGGGCGCUCUACUACACGUGCACAAAUUCACAGUUUUAACAUCACAGUCGACUCUCGACGACAUACGAUCAACACUCGGUAUUAAUUUCUGCGUAGACACAGACAGGGAUGGAGCAACCAUGGAGCAACUACCGGUAAUUAAUAUAUUGAGCAGCAAGAAUCAAGAACAAGAUGUAAUGAAGGUGUGAGUGUCUACUACAGAAUAAGUUUUCACCAUCGUACAAAACUUCCAAGACUCUUUGCAAGGAACCUCUAGACGUGACAAUUAAAUAUCAUCAUUAAUCAUGACUCGCUGGGCCCGUGGGAAUAAAGGGAACAACAAGAGACCCCAUGAGGCAUCUUCCUGGGAUGAACUCAAGGAGAAGACGAACAAAGCAAAGAAACAUCCGAGGACUUCAAUCAAAGACGAGGAUAACCCAGUCAAGCGAAGAAGUAAGAAGAAAAGGAAACAAAGACAGGACGAGGGAUUUGUCGAAGAUGAACCAAGUACCUCAAAGGGUCACGUGAUCUCUGAUUCACGCAUAGAGGAACGUGAUAGCAGACUUAGUUCAAGCUUGAGUGAGAGACUAACAGCGAUGGCUGAGAGUACAGACCCGUCUGAGGACGACAAAACAACACUCCGCCAGAAGGACAGGAAGAGAGAGGAGAGGCGGGUGAAGAGGAUUAAGAACAAAGCAAAUAAUAUGGUGUGUUUCAACUGUCGUGAGGCUGGCCAUGGUGUGGCCGACUGCCCUAAGAUUCUACUCGACGUGGAGCAGGGCACGGGAAUCUGUUUCCGCUGUGGUUCGACUGAGCAUGAAGCGCACAAGUGCACUGCCAGAGUUGACCCUGGACAAGGAGAAUUCCCUUUCGCCAAGUGUUACAUAUGCCAAGAGACUGGGCAUUUGUCAAAGAGCUGCCCCGACAAUCCACGUGGCCUUUAUCCGAUGGGCGGAGGAUGUAAACGAUGUGGUUCGGUGGAGCACAAGAGCCUCAACUGUCCUGACCUCAGGGUGGAAAUCGACCCAGAAGAGACUACCAUCCCAACGCUAGCCAGCACAGCGGGCUGGAGUGCCGAUGCAGAGUACGAUGAUAUGAUACGUAAGCCGACAGUGCAGAAACCUCCAACCAAGAAAAAGCCAAAAUUUGUCAAGUUUUGACCAACUGAUUGUGACAUUCUACCAGCCAGUUACGGAAAAUUACUCAUGUCUACUGUUGACAGUCAGGGGAAAAACUCCGUCGGACAAUUUUGCUAUGAAGUGGGGUUUAUAAAGACAAAUUUAACAGCAGGAUUUAAACGUGCAUCCUCUGGAUUAAGGUGCAGGUACUCUACCAACUGAACUAUGUAGCCCUAAUGUUGGUGGUCUCUUUCGAUGUUGUCAAUACCUUUGUUCUGGGUGAC